AAUUGGUCUCUUUGUGUGUCAGUCAAGGGAAGUCGGAAAGGUGUUGUUCUCCGUCUUUGACAGGUAUGUCGCCAACCGAGGGCCGCGGCGACAGAUACGGGUCGACGAUUUGUUCCGUGUGUCGUUUUCAUGGUUAAACACGAUGAGGUGCUGCUUAAUUUUGAACGUAACGGUGGCCUCGACGAUGGACGGACAGAACUGAAGCCCGUGAAAGUAGCCUAGCAGUCUGCUAGCCAACGGUUGAGAAAGCCAUUGUUUGAGUUGUUGGCUAACAUGGCAACGAAAGCUACCAUUAGCAGCGUCGGCUAGACGGGCUUCCGACCGUGUUAUUGCAGCAGAUACUGGUAAGCGGGUUUGAUCAAUACUGCGAACGUCAUUCAUGUUUACGCCGUAUUGGAAAAACGCUGCGGGGCGUUAAAACGGCCCGCAUGACCUUUGCUUGUUAAUGUUAGCUUCUGGAAUUGUACUGAAACCAUCCAUCUCUGUUGUCAGGCAGCUAGCUAACCUAGUUCAUGUCUUCCUACAUGGCCCGUGGCUGCUUCUGUGGGUUUGUGGUCUUUUGUAUACAGUUGGAUAUGGCUGAAGGCGAUGUGUAGAUGUCUUUGUCUUUAAAACUGCAACCUAACAGUUUCCUUUAGUGAAUGGGUUGUUUUAGAAACUCUCUAAUGUCUAAAAGAGUACACCGGAGGCCUCGUUUACCGAAAUUUCUUAGACAAGACUAUCCAUAUUCAGUUUUUAUGCCUUAAAUUUGGGCUCCACUGGUUACCAGCAGAUAGACGCCUGUAGGGUCUCAAGUGAAGAUGACGUGUUGCGUUCAAAUGACAAUCUGGUUAUAGUACGUUUUGAAUCAGUUCAAUCGCAACGAAAAUGACAAAUAUACAUAUAUUGCUGGUCUUUGUUCUCCCCCCCCCUUGCUGUCUCUCUUAAUAAAACUCAUCUCACACAGGUUCUAUCCUGGAUGAUGCUCUUUGAGUCAUGUGACCGAAGAGCUGUGCUGUCAAAGGCUGUGAUGUGGUCGUCUUGCAUGAUGUGCAACAGUCGUGAGGCCACUGAGCAAUCUCUCUCUCCCUCAUCUGGGGGCAGCCCCACCAUUUCACCACCUUCCUAAAGUCAUUCUCCCACUCUGCCAAGAUGACCGACAGGAAGGAGCCUCCCUUCUUCAAUGACGAUAGCGUGGGAGCAUUUCAAUAUAAGCUCCCUUUCUAUGACACUAUGGAGCUCUUCAUAGAGACACUGACAGGGACCUGUUUUGAGCUGCGUGUGUUGCCCUUUGAGGCUGUCAUUUCAGUCAAAGCGAAGAUCCAGAGAUUGGAAGGUAUCCCUGUUGCCCAGCAACACCUUAUCUGGAACAAUUUGGAGCUGGACGAUGAACAUUGCCUACAUGACUACGGCAUUGCAGAGGGCUGCACUUUGAAACUGGUCUUAGCUAUGAGAGGAGGCCCAAUUAACACCAGGAGAGUAACCAUGGAGGAUCCAGUCAAAGACGUGGCUGACCUGAUGGACAGCACAAAGGAGGAAGGCUGGGAGAAAAACCUGGCUAACAAGCAGGUCACGUUUGUGGUCUAUCGUGAGGGGGACCAACUAAAUGUCUUCCGUGUGGUCGACAGGGGAGAUGGUACCCUGACCCCCGUAUCUGAAUCUCUGAGUGGUGGCUCUGUGUUCAAUGUGUAUGCCGAAGAAGAUGGAGAGAGUUCUACAGCUGCACAGCACAGCCUUGAGAACUCCAUCACUAUGACCAAAAUGAAGCUGCUCAAAGCCAAGAUGGAGGACAUGAACCUCAACAAGAAGAAGUCUGCAAAGGUAAAACCACGGGCCCCUGUCAGCCCUCAUCCCUGUGGCAGCUCUUUCGGACCUUCCAACACUCGACACCAUCAUCGCCUCUUGCGCUCACUCCCUCAGAUCAACCAGCCUUGGCAGUCAAAUGCCCCUCUACCUCCAAUUGUAGACCAUGAAUCCGUAGACCCCUCUCUGGCCUCUCCUGCUGCGACCUCGGCCCAUCUGCCCAUCCCUAGACGACCCCCUCCCUCUUUCUCCUCCCCAUCUUGUUAUAUGCUUCAGGAGGAGGAGCCAUGGGAGACAUGCCCACCUUUUGCCAAGAUCCGCCCCCCUCCUAAAGUGUCCCGGUUGGACAUUGGCAGCACUAGGUUGAUGAGGGACUGCAUAUACCCUCAGCUCCCUCCAUUGUGUACCAGGGGGCCACCUGAUGCCACAUUUGACCCAGUUGAACCUGUAGGGGAAUCAUUUGGGCUGGGUGUAUUGGACGAAACUGUUGGGCUUGUAGCACCAACUCAACCUGGAUCUCCAUUUGGUGACUUGUCAGAUCCUCUGAGUCUGGAUGUGUCCACCCAGCCAGAGGGAGGUUGUCAGACCCACGAGGUUGAGGCUCAGCACCAACUGCCACAUCCCCCCUCCCCCGUUAGUCCCUGGACACGUGGGACAAAUGAAACUCUCACCAGCAGAGCUGAUGGGACACAGCUUAGCACAUCCUUUCAUAUCAGCCCUCCCUCACCAUUACCUGCCUCCACCUCACUGUCACCUUCAGCUAGACUGUUGUCUCAGCCUUUUGAGUCCACACUUUCCUGUUUACAGCCUAAUCUUCAAGCACAAUCCUCAGCGAAACAAGGCAGCACAUCUCCUCACCCUUCAACCACCUUGUCAACUCAUCCACCACGCAUUCGUGGUGUUAAAGUAGAGUCACCUGGCAAAAGGCUAGAGCUCAUCUCUAAGAGGGAAGCAAGAAACAUCACUAAGGUGGCAAACCAAGCAUAUAAGGAGCCAGUGGGGUCUCUCAAUAGUUCGGAGCUCUUGGCUUCUCUCUCCACAAGGGCUCUAGACAUCAGCGGCGGCAGCAGCAGGGACCGUAUUGGAGAGAGUCUGGGACUUGCACUGGCUUUGUCUCCUGGAACUGCCUCAGGACAGGGCAGCCGUAGCUCCAGGCUGCCAUCCAUCCCUGCUGACAGACUUUUGCGGGAUGAUCACAUAAGGCAAAUGUCACCAUUACCCCCAGCAUCAGCUUCUUACAUGACCACCAGCACUCUUGCAUCAGCUGGAGGAGUCAUGACUUCAUUUGGGACUAUAGGCACUCCAACAUACCACCUACCUCCAGUCAAGGCUCCCACAGGCACUAAGAAGAAGAGCUCAAAGCACUGCUUCCUCUGUGGCAAGAAGACUGGCCUGGCCACCAGCUAUGAGUGCAGGUGCGGUCAUAACUUCUGUGCAGUUCACCGCUACGCAGAGACACAUGACUGCACUUACGAUUACAAGGGUGCCGGACGGCGCUUUCUGCAAGAGACCAACCCCCUUAUCAGUGCUCCCAAGCUGCCUAAGAUCUAAACUUGCAACCUUGUCUCAGACGUGGGGAUGAGGAGUGAAGAAGUUUAAAGCUUGCAGGAUGGAAGCGAUUCUGCAAAUGAAUUUGUAAAGGAAAGAAUGAACUUUUACACCACUGUGUGCUCUUUUUAAUCAGCCAAGUUUGCUUAAAAUUUAAAUAAAAUAUUCUGUAAAGCCAAGUGUGAACAAAGCAGUGGACUGAAAUGGCACAGAAUUAUCACCUCUUGAUAAUGUGAAAGUGUAUAUCCCCCCCCCUUUUUUAUCUGUUGCCUUUUUUUUUUUCAUUGCAUUAAAAAAAUCUGUGCAUGUACGUAGGUAGUUUUUGCUAAAUAUAUCUGCUGCACGUUCAGACAUACCUAUUUUAGGCUUUUGUUGGGUUUUUUGUUAGAUUUUUUUAAUCGGGGCGACUUUAUUUGACAAGUCUUUGAGAGAUGCACUUUAGAACUAUGAUAUUUAUAUAUUUGACUUUCCUUGUGAGGGAAAGGUGGCGUACGUUUCUGUGUUUGUCUUACUGUUAGUUGUCCUUUUCAAUAUUACUUUUUUUUUUUUGUAUUCUGCACAUUUAAAUAUCUUUCUUACAUGGGCACAUACAUACCGGCAUCACUAAUGAAAUCUUCCUAAAAAGAGAACCAUACACCCACCUAAUGAUAAAAAUACUUAAUAUUUAUUAAUGAUUUAUUUAAAUUACAGGUUGGUUUUAAAAAUAGGGUUAAGUAUGCAGUGUGUGUAGGUGUGGAUGUCAGUAAUCUGUUUGCCUAUUGAGUAAACUGUAUUAGGAGUGGGUGUUGGUUAUGGUAUUUGUGUCUACAGUGAGGUGGUUGCCAUUUAAAAAAAAAAUAAAAAAUCUUUUGUAAGUCUUUUUUAUUGCUCAGCUGUUUCAAAAACUUUAAAUGCUCGUAAAGUAUCUACAGGGGUUUGAUCUAAUAAAGUUUCUUUCCAGAAAUUU